GCCUUUGAACCCGCUGUGAGUUGGUGCCCCGCGCCUGAUCAUAAGGGCGUGAGCUGCAGCUCAGCAGCAGUUACGAGCACCACUGAAAGACUUGGUGGGGGAUGCCGUUCUGCGUUUAUUUAGAGUUUUGAUACUUUCGGUGAGCUACAGUAAUUUCUUUGCAACUAGGUGACGGGAUUGGUGCUGUUCUCUUUCUGGAGAGAAAGACAUCCUUGGUCAUCUAAAGCAUUGCACUCUCUUCCUGAGAGAGGCAAUGGCCACAGCAGGGAACGACUCCUUCAUUGCCGAGGGAAUGACUCCGCCACAAAGGAUCCUCUUUCCCCCAGAGAAGAUUUGCAUGGUCUGGCAGCAAAGACAGAGUGCUGGAGCAGGACUCCUCAAUGUGGGCAACACAUGCUUCCUUAAUGCUGUCCUGCAAUGCCUGACAUACACCCCGCCGCUGGCCAACUAUCUGCUCUCCCGGGAGCACAGCCAGGCCUGUCGCCAACAAGGCUUCUGCAUGAUGUGCAUCAUGGAAGCGCAUGUUAACAAGGUCCUGCAUUCAGUCAGUGCCAUCCUGCCUUUGGCUGUUCUCAGGGGUUUCAGAUUCAUAGGAGAACAUUUUCAGCUUGGCAGGGAGGAAGAUGCUCAUGACUUCUUAUGCUGUACUGUCAAUGCCAUGCAGAGAGCUUGUCUGAGUGCAAGCAACGACUUGGACAUAUCAUCUCAAUCUACUACCAUUGUCCAUCAAAUAUUUGGAGGCUUUCUGAGAUCCAGAGUCAUCUGCUUCAGCUGCAAAGCCAUUUCUGAUUCCUAUGAGGCCUUCCUGGAUGUCCCCUUGGAUAUCAAAGUAAGAGGUUUUGCAGUUGUGCUUCAAGACAUGGCAAGGCUUUUCAGAGUCAACACAUUUGUCCUGAAAGCAUAUACUGUGAACACAAGAGGUGAUACAGAGAGGGAGCUCUUGAUUGCCCCUGAGAACCUCUGGGACAGGGGAAAUGUUCAGCACCACACUCUCUUUCUGGCUCCUUCUGGAUACAGCUUGCAGAUUCAUGGCGGGUCUCCUCAGCAUCAGCUACAGGGGUUUUCUUGUCAGCUCCUGGAAAAUGUUUGGGCCAGGGCAUUUGCUGUAGCUCAGUGCACCGAUUUCUCAAUUCUCCAGGCAGCCUCAUCCCUCACUGCAGCUCUGGAGGACUUUGUAACACCUGAGCACCUGGAUGGGGAAAACUGCUUUAAAUGUAGCAAGUGUGAGAAGAAUGUUGCCGCCACUAAGAGGUUCACUGUCCACUGUGCACCCAAGGUUCUCACUGUGUGUCUGAAGAGGUUUGACUGCUUCACUGGUGGCAAGAUCAGCAAGGUUGUAGAGUAUCCGGAGUACUUGGAUCUUCGCCCAUACAUGUCUCAGGCAGAUGGAGAAGCACUCCUCUACUCCUUAUAUGCUGUCCUGGUGCACAGUGGUGUCAGCUGUCAUGGAGGACACUAUUUCUGCUACACAAAGGCCAGCAAUGGAUUGUGGUACCGGAUGGACGAUGAAUCUGUGCAGCUGUGUUCCAUUGACACAGUUCUCAGGCAGCAAGCCUACCUGCUGUUCUAUGCCAGAUGCUCUGAUCUGAGAAUUGGAGACUUCAUCCCCCCUCACAACCCUGGGGACUCCUUGGAGGUGAAGGGCUGCUGUGCCAGCACCUACUGCUCCAGGAAGGGAGUGCAAGGGGAAGAUGCUACACUCGCAGGGGCAAAGAAGGUUCAUUUUGCCAUGGGAUCCCAGGAGGUCACCAUGCACAUCGUCAAUGGGGUCUGA